AUGGAGACAAGUCAGGAAAGAGAUGGCGGUGAGGGGGUGGCAGGGCAGGAGCUGGGUGGUGGGGGGCUGAGGCUGAGGCUGAGGAGGGAGAUGGGCUUGGGGAGCGCUGUGUCCUUGAUUGCUGGCUGUAUGAUUGGCUCUGGCAUCUUCAUUUCAUCACAGGGGGUCUUGGUCUAUAUGGGCAGCCCUGGGGCCAGUCUUGUGGUCUGGGCAGUCUGUGGCCUCCUGGCCAUGCUGGGUGCCCUGUGCUAUGCUGAGCUGGGUGCCCUGGUUCCUGAGUCCAGGGGGGAGUAUGCCUACAUCCUGCGAACCUUUGGCUCCUUGCCAGCCUUCCUGGUCAUCUACACGUUUGUGCUGCUGGGCAGACCAGCCGCCAUCGCUGCUAUCUCUCUGAGCUUUGCUGAGUAUGUAGUGGCUCCCUUUUACCUGGGCUGCUUCUCACUGCCCCAGGCUCUGCUCAAGGGUAUGGCUGCCACCUGCAUUCUGCUGCUGAUGCUGGUCAACUGCUGGAGCUCGUGGCUGGCCACUAGGCUGAUGAAUGUGUGUACGGCCGCCAAAGUGUUCUCCUUGCUGGUCAUCGUGGGGCUUGGCGCUGUGGUGUUGGGCCAGGGCUGUGGCCGCACAGAAGCCCUUCUGUCUGCCUUCCACAACACGACACAGCAGGCCGGGCGCGUCGUCAUGGCCUUCUACUAGGGCCUGUGGGCCUUUGAUGGCUGGAACAGUCUCAACUAUGUGAUGGAGGAGCUCAAGAAUCCAAACCAGAAGCUGGUGUGGGCGCUGACGAUCGCCAUCCCCCUGGUCACUGUCCUGUACAUCCUGGUCAACAUCAGUUAUCUGCUAGUAUUGUCACCCAGUGAGAUCCUUUCCUCUGAUGCUGCGGCUGUGAGCUGGGGGAACCAGGUUAUGGGGGCCUGGGCCUGGCUGACGCCCUUGGCUGUUGUACUGUCGACAUUCGGCUCUGCCAAUGGGACGUUCUUCAGUGGAAGCCGUGUGUGCUAUGUGGCUGCGAGAGAGGACCACAUGAUAAGAGAUGGUUCUGGCCUGGGCAAGCCCCGACUUCUGUCCAUGGUUCAUGUGCAUCGCCUCACACGAGCUCCAGCCCUGAUGUUCACCACGGCAGUGGCUUUGGUCCUGGUCAUCCCAGGAAACUUCAGCACCAUUGUGAACUUCUUGAGCUUCCUUGCCUGGCUCACCAAUGGAACCACCAUCAGCUGUCUCCUGUAUUUGCGGAUCAAGAAGAAGAAUCUUCCCCGACCUUACAAGGUCCCCACCAUCAUCCCUGUCAUCACGCUCCUUGCUUCUCUCUACCUGGUGCUGGCACCCAUCAUCGACCAUCCCCCGACAGAGUUCCCGUACAUCUUCCUGUUCCUGCUCAGUGGCUUCCUGGUCUAUUUCCUGUUUGUCUACUUCUGGUGCCAGCCCAAGUGUUUGCAGAUGGCCACUCUGCAUCUCCAGCUGCUCCUGGAAGUUGCUCCAACCACUAAAAAUGUUAAAUAA